AUGGCGACGGCCAACCCAGCCCAGCUGCUUCUCCUUGCAGACCACAUCAAGCUGUCGCUCCUGGAGCGCCAGCGCGCCGUGUCUUUGAAUCUGUCGCCCAACUCGCAAGAUGGUCAGAUCUCGCGCUCGCUCGAGUCGCUCUCCUCCGGCAUCGACGCCUUGGAUGCCCAGCUUUCCCAGGACCCGGACGAAUCCCUCCAAGAUCAGGUUUCGCGCCUGCGCGCGCAGUAUGACGAUCUCUCCGCGCAAUUCAGCACCACGGGCGGCAGCAGCGCAGGCGCAGCCACGCUCUCCUCGCCGAACAACCCUGCGCUCUCCGCGGACUUCGCCGCCGCAACCUCGCAACCCGCGCGCAAGAAAGCCGUCCGCUUCACCGACGCCGACGAUGACGACGACGUGAAUCGCGCCGCCCUGUUCCCUUACCGCGACGACCCAGACGACGAGGGGAGCCCCGACCACUCGGAACUGUCGAACCAGCAGAUCCACGAUUAUCACCGCCAAGUGAUCGCGCAGCAGGACGAGCAGCUGGACCGGCUGGGCGAAAGCAUCGGCCGCCAGCGCGAGCUGUCGAUCCAGAUCGGCGACGAGCUCGAUAGCCACGUUAUGCUGCUGGACGAGGUCGAUGAGAGCGUCGACCGCCACCAGAGCCAGCUCGAUCGCGCCGGCAAACGCCUCGCUAAGGUCGGCCGUCGCGCGCGCGAGAACUGGAGCAUGACUCUGAUUGUAGUUUUGAUCGUGAUUCUGGUCUUGUUGAUUGUCAUCACCAAAUAA